GGAUGUGGCCUGGCUCAGCUCCGCCCGCCGCCGGGUUGGUACCGGGCUCGUCCGCGCCCUCCGCCGCCUCCUAACUCAGGUAUCAGGUGAAACCGGUCAGGCGUGCGGGACAGGCGGCGGUGACCGGGAGGAUGGCUGGGCGCCGCGGGCUGUGCCUCCUGCUGCUGCUGCUGCUCUGCGGGCUGCUACGGGCCGCCGCUCCCGCAGAGAGUAGUGGAAGUUCAAAAGGAAGAAGUUUUGCUGGCAGGAAAGUUCCAAAUACAACUAAUGCCACUGAAGAUUCAUAUGAAGUGGAUGAAUUUGCAGCAAAAGCCCUUACAGGAAAGCUGACUACAGUUUUUCUUCCCAUUGUCUAUACCAUUGUCUUUAUCAUUGGUUUGCCAAGCAAUGCCAUGGCCCUCUGGGUCUUUUUUUUCCGAACAAAGAAGAAACAUCCAGCUGUGAUUUAUAUGGUUAACUUGGCACUGGCAGACCUUCUUUUUGUUGUCUGGUUCCCACUGAAGAUUGCGUACCACAUAAAUGGCAAUAACUGGCUAUUCGGUGAAGGUCUCUGCAAAGUCCUUGUUGGAUUUUUCUAUGGAAAUAUGUACUGUUCCAUUCUCUUUAUGACAUGUCUCAGUGUGCAGCGAUAUUGGGUUGUAGUGAACCCCAUAGUGAAUUCAAGAAAGAAAUCUGAAAUUGCCUUUGGUGUCUCCCUUGCUAUCUGGAUACUGAUUUUGCUGGGCACCAUUCCAUUGUAUCUUGUUAAUCAGACAGCAUACAUCUCAAAUCUUAACAUUACUACCUGUCAUGAUGUGUUGCCUGAAAAUGUGUUGCCUCAUGACAUGUUCAAUUAUUUCCUCUCACUUGCAAUUGGACUCUUUUUAAUCCCAGCACUCAUUACUGCUGUCGCUUACAUACUAAUGAUUAAGACUCUGAAUGCUUCCAUCUCUGAUGUAAGCACUGGGAAGAAACGAAAAAGAGCAAUCAAACUCAUUAUUGUUGUCCUGUCUAUGUAUCUCAUCUGUUUUACACCUAGCAAUGUGCUGCUUGUUGUGCACUAUUUGCUCCUCAAAACCCGCGGCCAGAACUAUAUGUAUGUGUCGUACAUAAUUUCACUGUGUCUUUCUACUUUGAACAGUUGUAUUGAUCCAUUCAUCUAUUACUAUAUUUCAAAAGACUUCAGAGACAACUUUAGAAAUGCUCUUCUUUGCCGAAGUGUGCGAACUACACGGAGGAUGCAAGUGUCUCUCUCAUCAAGCAGGUAUCCCAGGAAAUCAAAUUCUUAUUCUUCAAACUCAAAUGGGACCACCAAAUCAACCUACUGAGUUUAAUCCUAGAAGAAAAGUGAACUUUUAUAACUAUCGCUGAAGGGGAUAUAUAGUGAGUUAUUUUGUACAAGGCAGUCUGAAGAAACGUCUUUGCUUUUUAGUUACACUGAAGCCUGGAUUUCAGAACUGGCAGCUGCUUACUCUGUAUAGAAGUUGCAAUCUUCCCAGUAGACUGGAAAAAAAUCAUAACAUUUCUGAUGCUCUGCAAAAAUGCUGCUGACUUGGAAAUGAGUUGUGGUUGAAGACAUUUGUGUUCAAUAACAAAGUUGUUGAAAAGCAACAUGUCAAUGGAAUGUUAUGUAGUGUUGCUAGUAUAUUUAAUUAACAGAGAAAUCUGUUUUGUUUGGCUUUAACUGUAAUCUACUGAACAGUUGAACAGAUUGUGUAUGUAGGACCUUGCUCUGUGUACCCACUUAGGCUGAACAUUAUUUGAAACCAUAGAGAAAAGGAAAGGAGAAUCCAUUUCACUAUCUUGGUGUGGGUCUGGCAAGGUGACUGCUUAUUAUCUUUAUUAUAAUGUAGUUUUAUAUUGUUUUCCAAGUUUUCGUGUUGUAAAUGCUAACAUGGCAGAAGCCCAUAAGGUUAUCCUAUUGAGUUGACAAGCUGAACUUAUCAGCUAGCACUGAGAUAAAAUAUUAGUUGACAUUAUACACUGUUACUUAACGCUUGCCUGUACAUGAUCUUACACAGGGCUAUUUAACAAAGUUUUGAUGAAUAGCUAUUUGAUUUUUAUAUAAUGCGCUUUGUAUUUUUUAAGAUAUCUAAAUAAGAUUUUGUUUUUAAUAACAAA